UAUCACAUUUCGGCCCCUUUCAUUCACAGCAACUUGUAAAAACUUCAAUUCUCAACUGCAAAGAAAAUAACAAAACUGAAAACUCCCUCCCUCCCUGCCAUUAAUUUCUCUGAGAUUCCUCAGUCAAGCCGAUUCGAAGGGUGACUCAGUUUCCCAGCCAGCAAUGAUGCUGGAUCUAGGCCCAUUCUCGGGCGAGAACUUCGACCCGAAGAAGUGGGUGAACUCGGUGUGUCAGGCUCGGCAUCCUCAGGACUCGGUGGACAACCACCUGGUCGAUCUGGAAUUGAAACUCCAGAUGGUCUCGGAGGAGAUCUCCGCCUCCCUCGAGGAGCAGAGCGCCGCAGCUCUCCUCCGAGUCCCACGCGCCACCCGUGAUGUCAUCCGACUCCGCGACGACGCCGUUUCACUCCGCUCCGCCGUCUCCGGCAUCCUCCAGCAGCUCAAGAAGGCGGAAGGAUCAUCAGCAGAAUCAAUUGCUGCGCUUGCUAAAGUUGAUACGGUCAAGCAGAGAAUGGAAGCUGCAUAUGAGACAUUGCAGGAUGCUGCUGGGUUAACUCAAUUAAGUUCUACUGUGGAAGAUGUCUUCGCCAGCGGUGAUCUUCCGCGAGCUGCAGAAACCUUGGCCAACAUGAGACAUUGCUUGUCUGCCGUUGGAGAGGUUGCUGAAUUCGCCAAUGUGAGGAAGCAACUUGAGGUGCUAGAGGAUAGGCUAGAUGGAAUGGUGCAGCCACGUUUAACAGAUGCAUUAGCUAGUCGCAAGAUUGAUGUUGCUCAAAAUUUGAGGGGAAUUCUCAUUCGAAUUGGAAGAUUCAAGUCACUAGAGCUACAUUAUACAAAAGUUCACCUAAAGCCCAUAAAGCAGCUUUGGGAAGAUUUUGAAUUGAAACAGCGCACUAAUAGGCACGCAAAUGAUAGGAGUGAAUUUGAAAGACAUUCAAGUAGUAAUGAUUUUCAAUCAACUUCUUCAACAAUAUCAUUCACCAGUUGGUUGCCAAGCUUCUAUGAUGAGCUGCUACUUUAUCUUGAACAAGAAUGGAAAUGGUGCAUGGCUGCUUUCCCAGAGGAUUAUAAAACUCUUGUACCGAAGCUGCUGAUUGAGACAAUGGCAGCUAUUGGAGCGAGUUUUGUUUCACGUAUCAACCUUGCAACUGGAGAUGCUGUUCCUGAAACAAAAGCAUUGGCAAAAGGUAUACUAGAUAUUUUGUCUGGUGAUAUGCCAAAGGGAAUCAAGAUUCAGAGCAAACAUGUGGAAGCCUUGAUUGAAUUACACAAUUUGACUCAGACCUUUGCAAGAAAUAUUCAGCACUUAUUUUCAGAUUCUGAUCUCCGGGUUUUAAUGGAUACGUUGAAGGCAGUGUAUUUUCCCUAUGAAUCAUAUAAACAAAGGUAUGGACAAAUGGAGCGUGCUAUUCUUUUCUCUGAGAUUGCUGGGGUGGAUCUAAGGGGAGCUGUUACUCGCGGUGUGGGAGCCCAGGGAAUUGAACUCAGUGAAACUGUUCGCAGAAUGGAGGAGUCCAUCCCCCAAGUUAUUGUACUUCUUGAAGCAGCUGUUGAGAGAUGCAUCAGCUUUACUGGUGGUUCUGAGGCAGAUGAGUUAGUUCUUGCACUUGAUGACGUAAUGUUACAAUAUAUUUCUACCUUGCAAGAGACCUUGAAGUCAUUAAGAACUGUCUGUGGAGUGGAUCAUGCUAGUGAUUCUGUUGGUCUAAAGAAGGAAAUUGGAUCAGACAAAAAAGAUGGAAGCACCGCUCGAAAAGUUGACUUGAUUUCAAAUGAGGAGGAAUGGUCCAUUGUCCAAGGCGCUUUGCAGAUACUUACAGUUUCAGAUUGUUUAACUAGCAGGUCCUCUGUUUUUGAAGCUUCCUUGCGAGCUACUCUUGCUAGAUUAAGCACAAAUCUGUCUGUUUCAGUAUUUGGUUCGAGCGUGGACCAAAAGCAGUCACAUGUUGCUGGUGAAGAUGGAAAUGAGGAACUAUCAUUGGGUGGAAGGGCUGCCUUGGAUAUGGCAACAGUGCGGCUUCUUGAUGUUCGUGAGAAGGCUCGAAAACUCUUUAAUCUUUUAAAUCAGUCUAAAGAUCCCCGGUUUCAUGCGCUUCCACUUGCAUCUCAGAGAGUUGCUGCAUUUUCUGACACAGUAAAUGAACUUGUAUAUGAUGUCCUCAUUUCUAAAGUACGACAACGCCUCAGUGAUGUUUCUCGCUUGCCAAUAUGGUCUGCAGUUGAGGAACAUAGUGCUUUUCCUCUACCAAGCUUCAGUGCGUAUCCUCAGAGCUAUAUCUCCAGUGUUGGUGAAUAUCUUCUUACUUUACCCCAACAGUUGGAUCCCCUUGCUGAGGGUAUUUCUAACAAUGAUGCCAACAAUGAUGAAGCCCAGUUCUUUGCAACGGAAUGGAUGUUCAAGGUUGCAGAGGGAGCCACUGCUCUUUACAUGGAGCAGUUGAGGGGGAUACAGUACAUAACGGAUCGUGGAGCACAACAGCUGUCGGUCGAUAUCGAGUAUCUGAGUAAUGUGCUCUCUGCUCUAUCAAUGCCGAUACCUCCAGUACUUGCCACAUUCCACACUUGCCUUUCCACCCCAAGAGAUCAGCUGAAAGAUCUUUUGAGGUCAGAAUCAGGAAAUCAGCUUGAUUUCCCGACUGCAAACCUUGUCUGUAAAAUGCGUCGUGUGAAUCUAGAUUAAUGAUCCUCUUCAGUGAAUAUAUAGCCUAUGUUUCAAACCAAAUUCACAAUUGCUAGAUAGACUAUGCGGUAAAAAAACUGAUGCUAGUUUACGUGACAUUCUUUUUGCGGAUAACAUAUUAUUUUUAUAUGCCCAGAUAAAUAAUAAUAAUAAUAUACAAUGAAAAGGGCAGCUUGAAAUGUGUUGAUUCA